AUGGCCCAAUCUAUUCCUCCAGGAGACAUCACCACCCAGCCCGGCACCAAGGUCGUCUUCAACGCCCCCUACGACGACAAGCACACCUACCACAUCAAGGUAAGAAUUGGGGAGUUUUUUGGGAAAAUUUGGAUACUUUUUGAAACUUUUGGAUACGUUUUGAAGUUUUUUGAUACAUUUCGAAAUUUUGGUAAUAUUUGAGAACUUUUGGGAUAUUUGAUACUUUUGGAUACUUUCUGAGACCUUUUAUUAUCUUUUGAGGUCUUUUGAAACCUUUUGAUACUUUUGGAUAUCUUUUGACACUGUUAUUUUUUGAGGCUUUUUGAUACCUUUUGAGACCUUUUGGAUAACUUUUAGCUUUGAGUCCUUUUGAUACUCUAUGGAUACCUUUUGAUAAAACUUGACAAACUCCGCAAAAUUUGAAUAUAAACCCUCCUUUUCCAGGUCAUCAACGCCGGUGGUCGUCGUAUCGGAUGGGCCUUCAAGACCACCAACAUGAAGCGCCUCGGCGUCGACCCUCCAUGCGGAGUCCUCGACCCCAAGGAGUCCGUCUUGGUUGCCGUCUCCUGCGACGCCUUCAGCUUCGGCCAGGAGGACACCAACAACGACCGUAUCACCAUCGAAUGGACCAACACCCCCGAUGGAGCCGCCAAGCAGUUCCGCCGCGAAUGGUUCCAGGGUGACGGUAUGGUCCGCAGAAAGAACCUCCCCAUCGAGUACAACCCUUGA